AUGGUAUUACUUAUUCUGUCAUUUUGCUUACCCUAAAUUGUGUAAAUGUUUUGUGUUCAAUAAAAUAAUUAAAAUAAAUUCUUAGUAUCAUUUGCCCUUGCAGAACCAAACCCUGACAGAGUAGAAUACCAGUACAUCGAUCUAAACUCUCCAGUCACCGAAAUAAAAUUCUGCGGCGCUCAAGACGAAGUCAUGCUUCUUCUCACCACUGAAAAUUCUGUAUAUCGCUCUGAAAACAAAGGCUUUUCAUGGAAGCCGCUUUCCCCAAUUCUAGAAAAAGAAGGCAAAAAGACAGGAUCAACAGUCGGUAAGGUAACCCAAAUAAUCAUAAAUCCAGCAGACAAGCAAGUCGUGGUAAUGUUAGGAAGCACAGGCCUUAACUGAUUUUCAGAAGAUUGUGGCAAAACAAUAAAAGCUUUAAACUACGGACGACCAAUGGAAGAAUAUCACUUUCAUCCUACAGAAAGAGACUGAGGAUUAGCAGCGUCAUGGUCUAAAUGCUCAGAUUUCGUUGAUCAGCCCUGCAAAAAAUAUAGAGCUGUUUAUCUGACAAAAGAUUUAGGAGAAACUUGGACAAAAGUUGUGGAUUAUGUCGUGCAAUUUUCAUGGGCAUAUGAAAAUUUAGCAAAAUAUAUCAGAAAAAACAUCCCAAAAGAAAGAAUUUAUGUCACAAGAAGUUUGGAGGAAGGGGACCAAAAGGUGGCAGGAUGGAGCUAUAAUGUUGAUAUGAUAAAAAGUGAUGAUUUUGGCUCCAUAUUUUUUUGGGUAAAAAAUUUAAUAAUUGCUUCCUCAAAAAUCUCUAUAAAUUUCAUUAAAAAAAAAUUAUUUCUACAUAUGACCUGGAUUUUUUCCUGACCUCGUCAAUUUUAGUCCCACAUGGGAAUAAGUUUUUACUUGCUGACAGAUACAUACUAGUAGCUCAAUCUAUUGAAGAAGGAUCCCAAGAUGUCCAGCUGCAGAUUUCUAACGAAAAAAAUAUAGAGAAGUUCUAUAAAGCAGAUUUGCCUAUUAAAAGAAUUUCUGAGCACAGCUAUAAGAUUUAAUAGAAUUUUUUCCCUAAAAAAUAAUUAGAAUUCAUAUAGGAAAUUCAUAAGGGAAAAAUAUAUACUUUAUUAGACACAAGUGAAGGGUCGAUUUUUCUCAAUGUAAACCAUUAUGGCCCAGGCUCUAGAUAUGGAAACAUCUACGAAUCUGACGUCACAGGCAGAAAAUUCGCAGUCUCUCUCCUCCACAACGUGAGAGAUGCAAAAGGAUACUGCGAUUUUGACAAAAUUUAUGGACUAGAAGGAAUUUAUAUAGCCAAUACCUAUGACCGCGAAAAAACUAACGAAGAAUUUGACGCUUCUACCACAAAAAAGAAAAAAGUUAUCGCAGAUUUAGACCAAAGCUACAAGAAAACAGUCAUUACAUUCGACAAAGGAGGACUUUGGAAGCCUCUAACCCCUCCGGAAAAGGACUCUAAUGGUAAGCGUGUUCUCUGCAAAGACGAAGACUGUUCCCUUCAUUUGCAUUCUAUUACUUCUCAAAAAUUCGGUCCUGCUUAUUCCUCAGAAAAUGCUGUCGGAAUUAUCAUAGGUGUUGGAAAUGUCGGAAAAUAUUUAUCCAAUAAGCCUGACGAGCUUAAUACCUAUUUGUCAAGAGAUGGAGGACUAACCUGGACUGAAAUUAAAAAAGGGUCAUAUAUUUAUGAAAUCGGCGACCAUGGUGCUAUUAUAGUAAUGGCUGAUGACCAAAAAGCCACAGAUAAGGUCUAUUUCUCUUGGAAUGAAGGACUUACUUGGGACUCAGUCAAAUUUACUGACACUCCUAUAGAAAUUGACAAUAUUAUUAUUGAGCCCAAAGCGACGUCUCAAAAUUUCAUUAUAUACGGCCAAAUAGGAGAAAAAGGAGCCAGCGUUGCCAUUGAUUUUUCUUCACUUCAUGAGCCACAAUGCAAAGGUGCUGAUAAGCCAGGAGAAGGCAGCAGUGACUGUCUGAUUGCCAUUUAAAGAGAACAUUUUUUAAUGAGGCAUUUAUCAGCAGAUUUGAUCGAAUUUUUGAUAGUGAGACAUUUUUUUCGGAAAAUACCUUUGAUCAAAUGUCCUAAAAAAAUUAGACCCGGGAAUUAAACCACAAGAAAAAGUCCAGAGGAAAAAAAUGCACCAUAGUGACUAUGAACUGUGGAGUCCUAAUGAUGGGAGGGCUGGGAAUGAAUGCUUGCUAGGCAGAAAGGUAGAAUAUGUCAGGAGAAAAAGAGAAAGUGAAUGCUUUAAUGGAGAACAGUUUGAAAGAGGCACGUUUAAGUAUAUAGGGUUUUACCCUUAUUAGCCCUAUAAGGCAGAUGAUUCCCUUUGGAAUUAUUGAGUUGGCCCAACUAGCAAGUAAUUCCCUUGGGCUAUUCAGGGUAAAACCCUAUAACUGUGAGUGCACUAAGGCUGAUUAUGAGUGCGAUUUAGGAUUUUUCAGCGAAAAUGAAGGGCCAUGCAAGAAAAUUGAAGGAUUUAUUGAUGAAGAAAAAUGCCAGGAUGGGGAUUUGUAUUAUGAAGUUUCAAGAGGAUACAGAAAAGUCGCUGGAGAUACCUGUGUGUACGGGGUCAGUGAAGAUUUAGACCCAUUUACAUUUGAAUGUGACACAAAUGCUAUCAGCACGACUGGGAUUAUCAUAAUCCUCGUCCUUAUAGCAAUCAUAAUUGCCUUGCUUUAUGUGCGGUUUUCAGAUUUUAUCUGCAAAAAAUGGACUGAAUUCAAAGGUCUAGAAGUUUUUGACAAGGCUGGGUACUUCAGCGACCUCAGCAAAGCUCCUGAAGGUAUGGAAGAAGAGCUUCCUUCCAUAGUAGCUGACACUUUUGACGAAGAAUCCCAAUUUAAUUCUAAAUCUUAA